AAGACCAUUUUGUCAAAAAAAAAAUUCCUCAAAUCAAAUACGACCAUAAAAAUCUGUAUUCAUUAUUAUUUCACAGUUCCUCAUAAAUAACUGGUCACUUUUCAACGGGAGAUUAGCCAAGGCCGCACGCCUCCAAAGCUUGUUAGCUCCAGUCUCAAUAGAAAACCAUGAAUAUGCACAAAUUGAUUUUUUUCUCACACACACACAACUUAUUUUAAAAUUUUCCUAAAGAGGCUCAAAGAACUGCUGUAUGGAAUGAUGCGCAUGCACUCCAAGCGCUAUGCUGCAAACAGGUGCAAUGCCCAUUAUCCCCCCUUGUGCAGACGUUACUCGCGGGAAGAAAAACAAGCUUUGUUUUCAGUGGAAGAAAGCUUCAAAUAUACGUCCGUAUUCUUUUGCAGCAGCCCAGACCGCUCUCACCUUUGAAGAGAAAAAUAUAGGGGGUGAUGUGCAGGACAACUGGUGGCCUGGCUACAGUGAGGAUGAGAAAGAAAUCGACCCAAAGGAGGCUCAAAGGAGAAUGAAAAUUAGCAAGUCCAACAUGGGAAAGCCGCCUUGGAACAAGGGCAAGAAGCAUAGUCCAGAGAUGCUUGCACUCAUUUCGGAAAGGACCAAGCAAGCUCUGCAAAACCCCAAGACCAGGCUGAAGAUGUCACGAGCAGGGUAUGCCCGAGCAGCAUCAGAAAGUGAGGAGAGAAAAAAAGAAAUAAGUGCAAUUCAGAGUAGAGCAUGGGAAGUGCGUCGGAAGAGAUCAGUGUUGCAGCAAAUAUGUAUGGUUGAGUGGAAAGAGAGCAUUGCAGAAUCAGCAAGGAGGGGAGGUGAUGGUGAAGAUGAGUUACAGUGGGAUAGUUGUUAUAUUUUGAGAGAAGCUAUACACCAAGAGUGGUCGCGGAAAAAUGUGAUGACUGGAACGGAGAAAUCAAAGCGUUUGAGGAGACCAGGACACCGACGGCCAUAUAAAGUCCCACGACCAGAUACCAAAUUACAGCGGAAAAAUGUGAUGACUGGAAUGGAGAAGUCAAAGCGUUUGAGGAGACCAGGACACCUACAGCCAUAUAAAGACCCACAUUUGGAUACCAAAUUACAGACAAUAAAGAGAAUUCGAGCAGAUCGAGCGGCCCAAGAACUAGAAAAAAGAUUAGCUAAGGGGCGAGCGAUGUUGCUAAUCGCAGAAGCAGUGGAAGCAGCAAAAGCCUUGGAGUCUGCUGCAACUGUUAAUACUUUAGUGCAAGAUUCUCUUUUGGAAAUUCGUCGGCUCAUUGAUGAGGCCAUACAUUCAAUGGAAAUUGCAGAAUCUGGUAAAAGUACAUAUUCAUUUAUGUUAGAAAGAGAUUUUAGCAAACCAACUUAUAAAGAUACUCAUUUCAUGGACAGAUCCGAGGUAGCUGAUAAUGUAAUGCCUGAUACUGCUGAUAACUAUGGAAUUUGCCAAUCAUCUUUGUCCAAGAGCAGGAAAAAUUGUGAAAACAUUCUGCUCGCAUGCAAGUCAGAAACAAAUAUCAAGAAGCUUAUACCAUGACUUAUGUGAGUCCAGCCAUCCCAUUUCAUCCCCUGAAAUUGGCUUGCUAGAAGUAGCUAGGUCUACUAAUUCCUCUUCAGGUUGUGGACUUGAGGGAACAAGCGAUAAGGUUAGUGAAAAAGAUGCCAUGCUUUCUGUAGACAGAAAUUCUAUUGUGGAAAACCCUAUUUUGAUUGAUAAACAGGACAAUUCCAAUUGGAAAGGUGAUUCAAGUCCUGCAGGGAACAUCACAAUUGACAUUAUAUCAUCUAUACCACAUAAUAUGAAAUUGUUUUUGCCUGGUAACAAAUACUCAAUUCAUGAUACCGAUGAGAAAUCCGAAGUUAAACCUUUCCAGACAGAAAAAUAUAAGAAGACAAAAUGGGUUUCACGGAAAGUUGAUUGAGGUCGAAGAGGAUUAAUUAUGUGUAACAUACUGUUUUGUUCUAGUAUUUGAGAGGACAGAAUCCAUUAAUUGUUUCCA